GCAUCUUUGAGUCCACAGGCCGACGCUCUAUCCACUGAGCCAAACCGGUUAGGGCCAGGCUGUCAUUAAGGGCCAGGACCCCACUCUCUCCUGCGGCUGCCGAAACCACUCACAUGGUGAACAGGCCCUUGCUGAGGGCUUGCUAUAUGCCAGGCGGGUUUUCAGGUACAAGGAUCCAAUAGUGAACUAGACACUUUGUCCUACAGAGAAUAGAUUUGUGGGAAUAGAGUACUUUUUUUUUUUUUAAAGGAAGUGGUAGAUGGCAUGAUUUUAUUGAAAUGUUUUAGUACAAUGUUGGAGGAGCUUAAAAUCUUAUAUUCUAAACCAAUGCAAGCACUACAGUGGAACUGCUCCUAAACUGACAUGCCUGGCCAAGGAAAGUUAAUUUUACUAAAUAUAACUUAACGUGGAGACUAAAGAACUUUGGUGUAUUUAUCUUUCUCUGCCCUACCACCCCCCCUGACAGCUAGACAUACUCCAAGUCUUCUUCACUCAGCAGAGUUGCACAGGACAGACACAUUUUGGUGGUCGCGCUUAACGUUUCCACAUCAUGAGUAGCAAGGAAUGGAACAUGCUGGGACGAAGACAGAAGCCCAUCUGUUUUGAACAACUGACUUGAUCAGAUUACAAUCUCACUCUUUCUCCAAAGCCAUUUUAAGACACAGCAAAAUGCUAGUUUCUGGAACGACUGAAAUGAUACUUUCUGACUUCAACCCAACCUCCGCUCUAUGAAGUUUGAAACCUUGAAGGUUGCUGUUCAAGUUUGCCAAUGACUUAAAUGGAUUUUAUUUUCCACCCACAGAACUGAGGUCAGAGAGUUUGUUCUGUACAAGAUUCAGCAGGAGGGACAGACUGUCUUUGAUCAUUCCGAGGCUCUGUCUACGCAGAUCUUCCUCUCUGGGGCUGAAGAAUCAACUUCCCUGUCCAUCAAUGUGCAUGUGAUAAAAUUCACUGAGUCAGAGCUAGACUUCUGCCCGAGGCCACAGGCAUCUCCCAUUGUAAAUAAAGGGCCACCUGGCAGAUAAAGCACCCCUCGGUGAAUUUCCCGUCCAUCCUCACUUUGGGCUACUUUUUUUGAACAUUAUCCUAACUGAUUCUACUUCUCUGUCCUUUUUUUUUUUCUUAAGUAUCUCCUACCCGCAUUUUUCGUGUAACAGCUUUAGUUAAAAUAAUCAGUUGUUAUGUUGAAUUUGAGCUUCUUGCAAAAUAUCCAAGUGGAUGUGUUCAUCAUGUAAGUGGAAAUAAUGAAACUUGUCCAGUUUGGGCACUACCUGGAGCAAUUAUAAUAGCUAAAUCCAUGAGAAUGAAUCAUGUAGCCCAGGAACAGCAUAUAAAGCAAGAAGAGAUGUGAGAAUUAGUGAACAGAACUACAUUCAUUUUCAUAAAAUAAAGACUGGAGGUAGGUGUGAAGAAAAAAUAGAAAGAGGGGAAAAUCAAGAGAAACAUUGUGAAAGCCAAGAAGAGUGUUUCCAAAUAGGUAGCCAAUAUUAUGUAAUGCUAAACAAAAGUAAAAGAAGAGAAAAAUCCAAUGGAUUUAUUAAGUAGAUAUGUCAAACCAAAAAAUAAAUAAAUAAAAUAAAAUAAAAUAAUCAGUUGCCUUGAGGCUUGCUACUUCCAAUUACAAAAGGCAAAAGAACAUGUAAUUGAAACGAAUAAAAUAAUGUUGACAUACUAGUAUGCGUCUGGUGGCACGCAUCACAUUUCACCUUUUGAUUUAUGUCAAAGCAAAAUCGGGGCCCUUGCUAUCAAGUUGCUGAACGGAACUGCCCUGCUCUCCGGUACAUGGUGUGGCCCAAGUUGUCCUCCUUUCCUCCCACUUGGGUCUGUGUUUCCGUCUCAAUCAGUUGGUUGGUGACACCCAGUUCAAGGAGGGACCCUCCCACCUCACUUCCCUGCGCGCAGGCGGCCCCACCCCCCGUGGGCACAGAGCGCUGUCCUCGCUGCCCAGAGCCCAGCCUGUUGCUCGGCCCUCCCUGCCCAGCAGCUCCCGGACUCCCCGGACUCCCUACGGGGCUGCGGUGGCUCGAAGUUCCCAGCGUCAGCACACCUGAACCAGGUCCCCCUGCGGGGAGGCAGCAGGAGCAGCGAGGGACCUCGGCGCCCUGGCCUCCGGCUAUGAGUUCCUGGAGGUACCUCAGCCCACGUCUCUCAUGGAAAAGAAUCAUGAGCAUCUUUUUCCUGCCAUUGAUCUCAUCAGGCUUUGCUCCUCGGGCAAAAUAUAAAGAGAAAGAGAACCUUCCUGUCCGGGAAGCUGGGCCGCAGCUGCACCAGAGCAGGUUUAAUUGGUCCCAUCUGACCCCUCUGGAGCUGAAGGACCGCACGGUGGGACUCCAGACGCAAAGCACGCCUGAGAGUAACCCGCACUUCACACUGGAGGGGCACAAGUUCCUCAUCUUCGGGGGCUCCAUCCACUACUUCCGGGUGCCCAGGGGGUCCUGGCGAGACCGCCUCCUGAAGCUGCGGGCCUGCGGCUUCAACACUGUCACCACCUACGUUCCCUGGAACCUCCACGAGCCACAGAGAGGCACAUUUGACUUCUCCGGGAACCUGGAUCUGGAGGCCUUUGUGUGGAUGGCCGCGGAGGUCGGGCUGUGGGUGAUCCUGCGUCCGGGCCCCUACAUCUGCAGCGAGAUUGACCUCGGCGGCCUGCCCAGCUGGUUACUGCAGGACCCGGAGCUGAGACUGAGGACAACCGACAAGGGCUUUGUCCAAGCGGUGGAUCGAUAUUUUGAUCAUCUGAUGGCCAGAGUGGUUCCUCUCCAGUACCACCAGGGAGGCCCUGUCAUCGCCAUGCAGGUGGAGAACGAGUACGGUGCGUUCGCUAAGGAUAGAGCGUACAUGCCGCAUCUUCACAAGGCCCUGCUGAACAGAGGGGUCGUGGAGCUGCUCUUGACCUCUGACGCGGAGAAUGACGUGCUCCAAGGCAGCAUAAAAGGAGUGCUGGCCACCAUCAAUAUAAACUCAUUUCAGAAGAAUACUUUCGAGCACCUUGAGAGAGUGCAGAGAGAUAAGCCCAUUAUGAUUAUGGAAUACUGGGUCGGCUGGUUCGACACGUGGGGAGGUAAACACAUGGUUAAAGAUGCGGACGAUGUUGUAAAAACUGUGUCUGAAUUUAUCAAAGCUGAGAUCUCCUUCAACACAUAUAUGUUCCACGGGGGAACCAACUUCGGUUUCAUAAAUGGGGCCACGGAUUUGGGGGAACACAGCAGUGUCGUCACCAGCUAUGACUAUGAUGCUGUGUUGACAGAGGCCGGGGAUUACACCAAAAAAUACUUCAAGCUUCGGAAACUCCUUGGAUCCGUCUUAGCAUCUCCCCUGCCCCCCUUACCUGAGCUCAUUCCGAAGGCUGUGUACCCUUCUGUGAGACCAUCCCUGUACUUGCCGCUGUGGGAUGCCCUACAGCACUUAGACGAGCCGGUCAUAUCCAGCGCACCCGUCAACAUGGAGAGUCUCCCCAUCAACGCUGGGAACGGUCAGUCCUACGGGUUCGUGCUUUAUGAGACACCCAUCUGCGCCAGAGGCUGGCUCCGUGCGAAGGUUCGAGACACGGCACAGGUGUUUUUGAACGAGACACAUAUAGGGACCCUGGAUGGUGGUAAUCAGAACUUGCGCAUCCCUAAAGUCAAGGGAUGCCAGCUCCUGAGGAUUCUGGUGGAGAACCAAGGACGAGUCAACUAUUCAUGGAAAAUUCAAGACCAGAGGAAAGGAGUAACCGGACCCGUGACCAUCAAUAGCACCCCCCUGGAGGGGUUCACUAUCUAUUCUCUGGAAAUGAAAACGAGCUUCUUUGACAGGCUCCGCUCUGCCGCCUGGAGGCCUGUCUCCAAUAGCUCCCUGGGCCCUGCCUUCUACCUGGGCACCCUGAAGGCUGGCCCUUCUCCCAGGGACACCUUCCUGAGGCUGCUGGACUGGAGUUAUGGAUUUGUGUUCAUCAAUGGCCGUAACCUUGGGCGAUACUGGAAUAUUGGACCACAGCAAACACUUUACCUUCCUGGGGCCUGGCUGCAUCCGGAAGACAAUGAGAUCAUCGUGUUUGAAAGAAGCAAGAGUGGUUCGUCCCUCCAAACUACAGAUAAACCGAAGCUGUAAGACUGUGUUGUGACGUUUUUUUUGGUGGAUUGUUGGAAUUCGUCUACCAGCAGGUUUUCAGGAGGAAGAUUUAUGUCUAGAAUACCAAACACACUGUUGUCUGCAACAGCAAAUGUUGGAAAUAAUAUUCAUUAGGGAAAUUGUUAUAUAUAUUGUAGAAUAGUCAUAUGAUGCCUAUUUUUAGGCCUUAAAAGAGCCUUCAAAUCUUCAGUGACUAGAUUUACGUAGUUAAAGCUUAGUCCUUAGCAGGUUAUUCUCUACGUAAAUGUGCCUUUAGGCACAUAAAAUAAAAUAAAAACAAGCUG